AUGCUAAGACGAUUUCUAACAAAUCAACUAUUUGUUUCUACACGUUUUAUAUCGCAAUAUUAUUCGAAAAAGAAAAUCCUUGUACCGAGUCGACUCGGUGUUACACCAGGUAAUCAACAUUUACAAGUGAAUUUAUUUGAUGAUGAAAAUAAACAAUCGCUGGGUCGCAUGUCAUUAAAUGAAGCACAGAAAUUGGCUAAAUUUCGCGAAUUAAUACUCGUUCUUUUUGAUGAAUCACACGAUCCGCCGGAUGUUCGAUUAAUGACGGGAAAAAAUUUAGCACACAUACGUGACGAAACACGUGCAAAUAAAAAACGAGAAUUAUCAAAUGAAAAAAUUACCGAUUUCGCUUUACGACUUCGACCACAUAUUGCCGACAAAGAUUUAUUAACAAAAUUAGCAAGUGCAAAAGCUGCUUAUGCAAAAGGAUGUAAUAUUCGAUUUUCAUUGGAUUUUGGGCAUUCUAUUGAUGAAAAAGAGACUGAAAAAUUAGCUGCACGUGCUGAGGAUCAAAAAGCAUUUCUCGCGCGACUAAAACCACAUCUCGAAGAAUUUCCUAGAGUUCACACAAAUUCCAAGAGUGUACGUUCCAUCAUUCUCCUUGCUCCGUCAAAAUUACUAGCAGAAAAAUCAACGAAAAAAACCGACAAAUCUACCGGUGUACAACAAGACGAAGCAGUCGAAGAAGAAUCGAAAUCAAUCGAUAUCAAAGAAAGAAUCUAA